ACAAACAAGUCGCCAGAAAGCUUUGGGACCAUGUUUUUUGUGUGUAUGGGUUCCCUGCAAGAAUCCAUUCAGAUCAGGGCACAAAUUUUGAGAGUAAACUCAUAACAGAGCUUCUUCAGGUGUCAGGUGUCAAUAAGUCCCAUACAACAGCUUACCACCCAAUGGGAAAUGGGGGAACGGAGCGAUUCAAUCGCACCUUGGGUAGUAUGCUCCGUACCCUUCCCCUAAAGGACAAAGAGAAGUGGCCUCAGCAAAUUCAGUCACUCACAUUUGCUUACAAUGCCACUGUGCAUGAAACCACGGGUUAUGCUCCAUUUUUUUUAAUGUUUGGCCGCAUUCCCAGACUCCCAGUGGAUGUUGUAUUCAGACACGUCCUCAAUGAUCCCGACGUUGCAGACUAUGACUCUUAUGCUAAGUCUUUGCUUUCCUCUUUGAAAUCUGCAAUAGAGAUUGCACAGAAACAUUCUUCUACUGAGCAGCAACACCAAGCACAACAGUACAACAAAAGAGUCAAGGGCACCUAUCUCUCUGUGGGUGACCGUGUUUUGGUGGCAAAUAAGGGGGAACGUGGGAAGAAAAAGUUGGCUGAUACAUGGGAGAAUGGAGUGUAUACAGUUGUCGAUGUCAAGCCUGACAUUCAUGUUUACACAAUACAAGACACCGCUGGGCGAACGCGGGUUGUGCACAGAAAUCUUCUGCUGGGGGUUAAUUUUUUACCAGUUUCUGAGCAGGAUUCGGGCACAGAUACCCAUUCAUUAGAUGUGUCAGUAGAGGACGAGGUGUCUGAUUCUGCUGGACAUGGCUCUGAUGAUGGCGAAUCUUCACUGUUUGCUAUCUUACCACAAGACAUCAGUGAACACGAUUUGUCACAUCCUCUGGAUGGCAGACAGUCCACUGAUUCUCCAGUGGUGGUGUCAACUAGCCCUGUCAUAGAUGACCCAGUCCAACGUGAUCCGCCAGCUAGUUCAGUUGGUGCUGUCUCUGAUGAUUCUUUGUCAGCUCCGGUUGUUACUACAACAAGGCAUGCCGACCUCCGUGCACAAACUGGUUCUGAUAGCCAAGUCAAAACACGUGCGGGACGUUUGGUGAAGUCUGUGAACAGACUGAUUGAGUCAAUGGUUCAAGUCCCAUUUUUGAAAGGAUCAAAUUUCUCAUUUACUGAUCGCUGAUUUUUGUUUUGCGUGUCAUUUUUUUUUUCCUUUGUGUUUGGUUAUUUCAGAGUUAACUGUUUACAUUGCUUGUGGUGGUCUGUAGGUCACGAUUUUCAUAGGUUGAAAUUCAGAUUAAAAUAGUGUCACAUAUGUCCAUGGCAUGUGUUUUUGGAGGCCAAGUACUGUAUGGCGUACACGGCGUCAUAAUACUCUAGGGGAUUUUGAAGGCCUGAUCAACCUUUAUUUUCCUUGAACCUUGCAGUGAGGUAACUUUGUAGUUGAUGUGAAGACUAGGUCUUUCCUAUGCUUGAGCCAGUUUGCACAGUGGUGGACAUGUACCCUUCGCAUGUACUUCCCAAGUGAUUCUCCAUUCAGGAUGUUGGUGAAUUUCAGUGGGGGUGAUUGUAACAAGGGUAAACUGACAGUUUUAUUUGUGUGUAUAUUUGUUUAGAAUUUACCAAAUCCUGAUCUUUUUAUUUAAUUAUUUUUACAAAAUGUUUAUUUUGUUCAUAAUCAAUAUAUAUUUUUUAUUUGAGACAUGAAUGUUAAUAUCUGUACUGUCACUUUAAGAGAACUUUCUGGGUUUCCGUGUACCGCCCCCACCCUCUCAGUUCGCGCUGAGACGACUGAGAGGAGGAUACAGCGACCCCGUGUGUGUGGCGGGAGAACUGCAUGUCACCGAGUUUUAUUUUCUGUUUGAUAUGUACAGUUAUGCUGAGAUGUCUGCGAGGAGGGUCAUCAAUAAAAAGACCAGCAACCAGUAGA